GUGUAUCCGCAGAUUGCACGUGAUCGUAUGCCGGCUACAUGCUAUGCCCGAUCGGGCUAGGUCCCUCUCUGCCGAAAGCCCGAUCAACCGCCAAAGUUCCAAAUUGCUCGAAAUCCACGGUCAUCGUGAGCUUGCCCUGUCGCAUAUCCCCAAGUGGCAGCACCAGUCAUCAUGAACACUCUCCGCGUCGCUCGCGCAGCCCUGAGGGCCCGUCCCGCAGCUAUGCGGCUACCAAUUCAGCCCCUCCAGCGCAGAACCUAUGCGGAUGCCGCACCCGACAAGAUCAAGCUGAGCUUGUCUCUCCCUCACCAGUCCAUAUUCAAGUCCCAGGAUGUUGUCCAGGUCAACAUCCCCGCGGAGUCGGGAGAGAUGGGCGUCCUCGCGAACCACGUGCCGUCGAUCGAGCAACUGAAGCCGGGCCUGGUCGAGGUCAUCGAGGAAGGCGGCAGCAGCAAGCAAUUUUUCCUGUCCGGCGGGUUUGCCGUGGUGCAGCCAGACUCGUCCCUGAGCAUCAACGCUGUCGAGGGCUACCCCCUCGAGGACUUCAGCGCGGACGCCGUCCGGUCCCAGAUCGCCGAGGCGCAAAAGAUCGCCAACGGCGGCGGAAGCGAGCAGGAUAUCGCCGAAGCGAAGAUCGAAUUAGAGGUACCACCAUCAUCCGUCUAUCUACGGCACCGCGGGACGGCGACCACUAACGGGUAAUCGCAGGUUUUGGAGAGCCUACAGGCUGUCCUCAAAUAGAGCACCAUUCACGCCUUGGAGGGGAGAGACGGAGGCAAAGCUACAGUGGCAACUUGUACAUCACAAACAUGUUCUACCAGACAGGCGCCCGAUCGCACAAUGAAUUGAGCAUUCUCGAG